GUUUGUUUUCGCGCCACUGCGGCCGUUCAGCAGGAGCGCGAGACUCUCUCGGGACAUUUGAGGAGUCCUGGAGGACCUCACGAGCCCGGAGUUAAAGAGAGGAGGAGGAGGAGGAGGAGGAGGAGGAGUUCACAUCUGUUGCUGCUCUCAGCUGUCGGUCCGUGAGGUGACCGGACUCCGUGUCUCCGGGCUGCCGGGACAAGCCUCCGUUUUCUGGGAGUAUUAAAGGAGCGCAGCAGGAGCAGGACUCUCCUCCUCCUCCUCCUCCUCCUCUUCCUCCUGCUGCUGCUGGAGCCUGUCAGUACUUUGAGGAGACUGGUCUUCCGAUCAUUGGUCAUGACGGUGGGGGGAAGCUGGCGGCGGCUCUGCGCCCUGCUCUCCGCUCUCCUCCUCCAGUUGUGUGCAGCUCAGUACGAGAAGGGGAUCUGGGUCCCGGAGCACGGCUUCUGUCAGCCCAUCUCCAUCCCGCUCUGCACCGACAUCGCCUACAACCAGACCAUCAUGCCCAACCUGCUGGGACACACCAACCAGGAGGACGCUGGGCUGGAGGUGCACCAGUUUUACCCACUGGUCAAAGUCCAAUGCUCCACCGACCUGAAGUUCUUCUUGUGCUCCAUGUACGCGCCGGUGUGCACCGUCCUGGAGCAGGCCAUCCCCCCCUGCCGGUCUCUGUGUGAACGGGCACGCCAGGGCUGUGAGGUGCUCAUGAACAAAUUUGGGUUCCAGUGGCCAGAGAGGCUGCGCUGCGAGAACUUCCCAGUCCACGGCGCAGGAGAGAUCUGCGUUGGCCAGAACACGACCGACUCAGAGAGAACCACUUCCGACCCGACACCCAACGUCCCGGAGUUGGUGACCCUGCUGCCGCACGUCUGGACCGACCAGCCCUUCUCCUGCCCGCUGCAGCUCAAGGUGCCGCCCUACCUCAACUACCACUUCCUGGGGGCCAAAGACUGUGGUGCCCCCUGCGAAACCUCCAAACCAAACGGACUGAUGUACUUCCGAGAGGAGGAGCUGAAGUUCGGUCGGCUCUGGGUCGGGAUCUGGUCCAUCCUGUGCUGCGUGAGCACCCUCUUCACUGUUCUCACCUAUCUGGUGGACAUGACGCGGUUUCGAUACCCGGAGCGGCCGAUUAUCUUCCUGUCCGGCUGCUACUUCAUGGUGGCGCUGGCGUACGCUGCUGGAUUCCUGUUGGAGGACAGGGUGGUGUGUAUCGACCACCAGCUGAGCCGCGACAGUUACAAGAUGGUGGCCCAGGGCACCAAGAAGGAGGGCUGCACUAUCCUCUUCAUGAUCCUCUACUUCUUCGGCAUGGCGAGCUCCAUCUGGUGGGUGAUCCUGUCGCUCACCUGGUUCCUGUCCGCCGGGAUGAAGUGGGGCCACGAGGCCAUCGAGGCCAAUUCACAAUACUUCCACCUGGCAGCGUGGGCGGUACCAGCAGUGAAAACCAUCACCAUCCUGGCCAUGGGGCAGGUGGAUGGCGACCUGCUCACUGGUGUCUGCUACGUGGGAAUCUACAACGUGGACGCCCUGCGCGGCUUCGUCCUGGCGCCACUGUUUGUCUACCUGUUCAUUGGCACUUCCUUCUUGCUGGCAGGCUUCGUGUCGCUCUUCCGCAUCCGCACCAUCAUGAAGCACGACGGCACCAAGACGGAGAAGCUGGAGAAGCUGAUGGUGCGGAUCGGCGUCUUUAGCGUGCUCUACACGGUGCCCGCCACCAUCGUCAUCGCCUGCUGCUUCUAUGAGCAGGCCUUCCGGCCGCAGUGGGAGAGGACUUGGCGCCUGCAGACAUGCAAGCGUUUCGCAAUGCCAUGCCCGGCCAGGAACUUUGCACCUUUGACGCCGGACUUUACCGUGUUCAUGAUCAAAUACCUGAUGACCAUGAUUGUGGGGAUCACGUCCGGCUUCUGGAUCUGGUCUGGGAAGACGCUGCAGUCGUGGCGCAGGUUUUAUAAAAGACUGAGCGGCAACAACCAGGGCGAGACGACGGUGUAGAGGUGGGCGGUACCCAGACGUACGGACGCCAUUUUGUGACUGAGCCUGAGGACGGAUGGAUAUCUGAGACGUGGACGCUCCGAAUCGUCUCACAUCCGACUCAGAUUUGUAAGGUGAUUCCCAGAGUCACAGACCUGUAAGCUGAGUGUUAAACAAACUGUGAGUCUUUUAUCUUUCCUGUUUUUAUUUACAGGAACGUCGUCCUGAUUUUACAGUUUUGCACUUCUUCUGCAAAGCUGCCUCAUUUUUAUUGCUAUUCUGUAAAUGUCCUCAUGUAUUUAUAAGACUUUGUAAAAUCAUCUUUUAAGGAGUGUUUUCUGUUAUUUUUUACGCUUCCUGACUCGUACAGUUUUUCAGAAUAAAGUGUAUUUUAAAGCCUCGCUGAAGCUGAUGAAACACACAUAUUUAAUCUGCGUUUAUAGAAGAGGAGUUAACGUGGCUUUGUGCCAGACGGCUGACUCCUGCUGAAAUCUGAUCCUCUUGUCUUUUCCCCUCUUUUGUCCUGGCU